AUGAUUGAUUUUCUUAAGAAGGUGGCCGGUGCUCUGAAUGCAAUCGGGUUCAUUCUCGGCCUACGCCUCACUGCUCUUCAAGAUGACCUUGGGAGGAACUUUCUCCAGGCUCGGCCGGAACGUGAUUGGAGAACACAAUUCGGGGAUGCGUGGGACACCAGAGUCGUGGCCCUUAUUGUGCUGGCCACUGGAGCCCUGGCCGUUGUGACCAUUUCGGCAACUGUCAUUACGAUCUGGGCCAUUAUGCUCGGCUCUCGCGGGAAAACCUAG